AUGUCCGAAACUAGAGAUGUAAGGUACUUUGCUGAUUUUAUAAAGAAUACUCCAAACAAUGAACCAAAGGAAGUGAUCACAGUGGUGGGCCAUGUCCUUCAAUGUCUUGAAGAAAGUGAGGAUUUCUUUUUUAAUUUUGAAAAGUUUUCAGAAAUGGUUGAAGUACUCUGGUUUAAAUUAGGUCAAAAUCCAAAUCAUAAUGAUUUAAUUCAAAGAGUUGAUCAAUUUUUCAAAAAGAUUAUACAAAUCAUCUCAACUAGAAUAUCACAAAGUGAAGAUUUUUCAUCAGAGAAUUUAAAGGUAUUAAAUUUAAUAUUUUCACCAAAACCAUCAGGUUAUCGUGAAUAUAGAUAUCAAGAGAAUGGAGAUGAUAUUUCAUCUAAAUUAUCAAGUUUUGAAGCAAAUGGUUUUUUUGAAGGUGGUGGUCUUAAUUGUUUAAUUAACAGAAUAGAGAAAUUUAAACAUUCAUUUGAAAAUUUAAAAAAGAUUGUAAAUACAAUCAAAAAGAUUACAAAAAAAGUUGAAAAAGUUGAAGCACAAACUGUUGAACAUUUAAUAAAGAUUGUAUUCCAAAAGAUAUUAGGAGCUACUGAUGAAGAGUUUAAGAAUGAAAAUAAGAAAGAUUUAGAUUUAAUUAUCAAACAUCUUUCUGGAAUAGUUAAUAAUUUACAAUAUGAACAAGGCCAUAAUAGUGGUACACUUCAAGAUAUGAUUCAUCAACAAGGUUUAAUGGUUUCAUUAAAGUGUUUUAAAUCACCAUCUCUCUUUCAAAGAAAUGCGGGUCUCAAUGAUAUAAUUAGAUUUUGUAAAUCAGAAAGUAAUAGUAACAAUAGUAGUUUUAUGUUAAGAAAUCAACAAUUUUCAAUUUAUGUAGCACCACAUAAAAUUGUUGAAUGGUUAAAAGAAAAUCAAGUUGUUGAAUUAUUAUAUGGUGAAACAAGUCAUAUUCAAUUAUUACAAAAAUGUACAGAUAUAUUAAAAUUCCUUGCAGAACAAAAAGCAUUUGAUAGAAAGUAUUUAGACUUGAUAUGGUCAGCAUCUGAAGGAAAACAUGAAACAAUAGAGAAUGCAAUCUAUGAUAGUAUUGGAGCGAUCGCUCCAUUACUUCCACCUGAAGAUAUCGAUUAUCUCUUUGACAAGGUUCAAAUGAUUCCCUACAAUCAUUACACUCAAAUAACAUUGAAUUUAGUACGUUCAUUAACUCAAAGACAACAACAAGCCACCAAUUCCGAUGGUAUUACAUCAAGAGGUUUGGAUAUAUUUUGGAAUUUAAUGCAAGAAGAUUGUGAUGUUUGUAAUGAUCUCUCCAAUGCAUCAUUGGUUUCACUUCAAGAUUCUUUCCAAUUCUAUCCAAAUCAAAGGGGACAUUUUUUAACUAGAGCCUUGGACCAUAUAGAUAAACAUCGUUCAGUUGUAGUUUCACUUCGUUUAGUCUUUCAUCUAAUCAAUAGUUUUGCAGAGAAAAAAAAAAAGAGAGAUUUACAUGGUGGCAAUAAUAAUAAUAACAACAAUAUGAUGAACAAUGAAGCAGAGAUGGCAAAUGUAAUUGAAAGUAUUGAUAGUCAACACCAUUUAGUAGAUUUAUUAUACAAUCAUUUAGUUUAUUAUACUACACAAUGUAAACAGAUUAUAUCGAAUGGUUACAAUACUGAUAGAAAUGCAAUGAAUGUAGAUGGUGGUGGUGGAGGAAGUGAUAAACAUCCAUAUAAACCACCGCAAGCUUGUGAUGAUUAUACGUUUGCUGAUAGAGUCAGUCAUAUGGAACAAAUUCAAGAUUAUUUAAAUUUUAUUCGUUUCUUAUAUGACAAGUCAAGUUUAUCCCUUACUAAACAACAUAUCGAUAUUUGGUGGAAUAUCUUUGUUCUAGAACCAGUAUCACACUCUGAUAGAACUCACUUUUUCAAUUGGGUCAUUGACCAUUUAAGUUUGGAUGAACAUCAAGUUUUGUAUUUUAUAAACAAAUUCCAAACCUUAACUUUUACAGAUUUAGAUAUUACCGGUUUCGAAUUUUAUAAAUUUUGUUUUAAUUUAAUUAAAUCUCAUGAUUAUAAUAAUAAUAAUAAUAAUAAUAAUAAUAUAGAUAAUAAUAAUAAUAAUAAUAAUAAUAGUAAUAAUAAUAAUAAUAAUAAUAAUAAUUUAAUUGGUUUAGAUGAUUUAUGGAGAAUUUUAUUAGAAGCACAAAAUGAACAAGUUGGAAGAGCAGCAUGUUCAUUUAUAAUUGAACAAUAUAAAGAUUAUAAGAAUCCAGAAGAAUUUUUAAAUACUUGUAUGGCUAAAUUAUCAAAGGUACCAAUUGGUAACGAUUCAACAAUGGAUCCAAUUAAUUAUAUGUUAGUAACACGUUGUCUUUCAUUGGUAAAGAAAUAUUUAGAAGAAUUUGGUUCAAGAUCAUCCGACUCAUUUAAGAAACAUUUUUCACCAUUGAUCACAGUUAGAUUUAGUAGUCAAAGAAAUGUAUUUAAAUUUGACGUAAAGAGUAGUGAAUCAAUUGGUACCAUAAAACAAAUGCUUGCAUAUAAUAUUAAAUCAUCAGAACAUUGUAUUUGUUUAACUUUUCAAGGUAAAAUGAUGGUUGAUGAUUGUCAAACAAUUGAAGAUUUUCGUGUUGGAAAUGGUGAUACUAUCAGUUUCCAAGAGAUUGGAGAACCAAGACAACCACUCACCUAUGUUCAAUCGGUUUCAAUUAAUUUUGAUCAAAAUAAUUUCGCAUUACUUUUCAGUUUGUUAAAUAUUCAAUCGAUUGCUCAAGAUGUUUGGGAUUUAUUAAUGUUAUUACCAGUUAAUAAACAAAUAUUUAGUGAAAUAACAAUCGAUAUUGUAAAUAAUAAAAAUAAUAAUAAUAAUAAUAAUAAUAAUAAUAAUAAUAAUAAUAAUAAUAAUAAUAAUAAUAAUAAUAAUAAUAAUAGUAAUGAAGAUGGUCAACAACAACAACAACAACAACAACAAAAUAUAAAUUGGGAUAAUUUAUUUGAUCCAAAAUCAUCUUAUCGUUUAUUAUAUAGUUUAUUAAUUAUUGAAUCAAUGGUAGUUAAUGAUAGUUAUCAUAGUAGUGAUGGUAAUGAUAAUAAUUUAGAUGGUCCAAAUGAAUGGAAACAAAAGUUUAUUUCAUCAGGUGGAUUUGAUCAUUUAAUAAAGGUUUUAAUGACAACAGAUCUUCAAAAUCCAUCACGUGGUGGUAAGAGAAAUACUUGCCUUUCAGUACUUUUAAGAAUUAUUUUUAGUAUUUUAGAGAGCAACCAUUUCGAUUUUAAUGCUAUCACAAGCCAUCAAAUUUCACCAGCCGACUUUUUAAAUCGUUUAAUCAGCUUAACAUGGAAUCAAGUAAUACCAACUACACAUGAAGAGAAUCUUUCAACUCAUGAAACAGAGGAUGCUAUGGUUGUUUCUCAUUUGAUGCAUUUAAUUGUUGCCAUCCUUUCGAAUAAUGAUCAAUUGUUUAGUAUAUUCACAAAGAAUAAAAACAUUUUACAAUGGAUUUCACUCAUAAUCCUCGAUAGUAAAGAUACUUUUCUUCGUGAUAAAGCUGCCAAUGGUAUUCGUGACAUUUGUCAUUACAUUUCACCAGCUACAACAAAACAUUACUUUUUGGACCAAUUCCUUACCCUACUCUUUAAAAAUGUCGCAGACGAUCGUCAAUCAUCAACUUGUCAACAAUUCUUUGAUGUACUCAAUCAUUUAUUAAAUGAACAAGUUAGAUCGUUAACUAUUGAUGCUUCAACUUCUUCUUUUACAUCAGUUUAUGCCGAUCUCUUGUUAAAGUUGGUAGAUAUGAUUAAAACUCAACCAAUCAUUGAAUCAACAGCAAUUUACCAACCAGAUGUUUUAUUAAUGGGAUUAUUGAAUCUUGUAAAGAUUUUAAUUCAAGACAAUAAUGAAUUCAAGCUAUUGGCAGGUCAAAAGGGUGGUUUAGUUAAAGAGGUUUUCCAUGAAUGUCUUUUCAAUAUUGCAACUGCAGAUAAUCAUGGUUCAACUUGUCCACCAAAAUGUAAAACAAAGGAAAGUAGAGAUAUUUGUUUUGCUGUACUCUUGGAGUUGGCCAAAGGUUGUGAACCAAAUUUACGUGAAAUUACUACACUCUUAAUGGAACACCAUAAACCAGAGGAAAAACGUUCACUUUGGAGUUAUUUCCCAGCUGGUAAUGAAAAAUCAAUCACAGGUUAUGUUGGUUUAAAGAAUUUAGGUGCCACUUGUUAUAUCAAUAGUUUAAUGCAACAACUCUUUAUGAUUCCAGGUUUCCGUUAUAAUAUCAUUCAAUCCGAAGAGAAAUAUAACUCACCACAAGAACAACAAGAAUCACUCCUCUAUCAAUUGAAAAUCAUAUUUGCAAAUCUUCAAGAGUCUGAAAAGAAAUCACACGAUCCAAAAGAUUUCUGUUUAACUUAUAAAUAUGAUGGUCAACCAAUCAAUACAUCGAUUCAAAUGGAUGCUGAUGAAUUCUUUAAUAUGCUUUUCGAUAAACUAGAGAAUACUCUAAAAUCAACACCACAAGAAAAGUUAUUAAAAGAUUUUUUCGGUGGUAGUUCAGUAAAUCAAUUCAUCUCUCAAGAGUGUAAUCAUGUCUCUGAACGUGAAGAACCAUUCUAUACCAUUAGUGUCGAAGUAAAGAAUAAAAAAGAGAUUCAAGAAUCAUUACAAUUGUUUGUAGAGAGUGAAACUUUAGAUGGUGAUAAUAAAUAUUUUUGUAGUAGUUGUUCUCAAAAAGUUAAAGCAUUAAUGAGAAGAUGUAUCAAAGAUUUACCAAAUACUUUAAUCAUUCAUAACAAGAGAUUCGAGUUUGAUUUAGAUCUUAUGAAGAGAACCAAAUUAAAUGAUGCACUUCGUUUCCCAAUGACAAUCGAUAUGGAACCAUACACUAAAGAAUAUCUCGAGAGAAAAGAAGCAAUCGAAAAAGCCAAAGAAAAGGGUGAACCAAUUCCAGAGGUUGCUCCAUUACAUCCACCAUCCUAUUAUCAAUAUGAAUUGGCAGGUAUUUUAGUUCAUACAGGUACAGCCGAUUCUGGUCACUAUUAUAGUUAUAUUAAAGAGCGUGAACCAAUUUGUGAAGGUCAACCACGUCGUUGGAUUUUAUUCAAUGACCAAGCAACCGAGGUUUUCAAUCCUGAUGAUAUUUCAAAGGCAUGUUUUGGUGGUUAUGAUGAUCAAAGCAAAGGUAAUUUCCGUGCUGGCCCAAGAGUUAACAAUGCUUAUAUGUUAUUCUAUGAACGUUCUUAUAUUCAAGGUGAAAUGACAAAGAAAUAUGAAAACAUUAAACAAUCUGAUGCUUCUAAAUUAGUACCAAAAGAAAUGUUUUCAAGUGUUUGGAAAAAGAAUAUGAAAUUCUUAAAUGAUAAGAAUAUUUUCGAUACAAAUUAUUUCUCAUUCUUAUUAAAUAUUAUAAAGUUAGAUGAACCAUCCGAUUUAGAUUCAAAUAAUCAAAUGGAUUUCAUUUCUUCUCAAGAAUUAUUAAAAGGUACUGAUUCAAUUGAUGAUCAAAAACUAAGUAGUCAAGAUAAUGAAUUAUCAAGUGGUGGUGGUGGCGGUGGUGCAACAAGUGAAUUAUCAGGUGGAGAAGUUGGUUUAUAUAAUGGCGGUAGUGGUAGUGAAUUCAAUCAAACUAUGCAAUCAAUUGAAUUAGGUACUAGAUUUUUAAUUGAAACUUUAUUCCACUCAAAAGAUAGAAAAAUGUUAGGUGAUACUGUAAAUUAUUUAAUCUCAUUAUAUGAAAGAAAUUUAGAUGCUUGUUAUUGGUUAUUAAAUACUAUCGUUGAACAACAAGGUUCUGAUAAUUCUUGGAUUAGACAAGUAUUUUUAACUUGUGUAACAUUUGAUCCAAGAGAAGCUUUAAUCAAAUUAUUAUUAUCAGUUGUUAAAACAUUAAUUCCAAGUGAAAAAGAAAACUAUGGUUUAGAUGAAGAUAAUGAAAUGAUGUCAGAAAAUAGUGGAGCAUCUAUUACUUCAAUCGAUGAGGAGGAUGGAGAUGAUGAAGAUGAUGGUGGUGGUGGUGAUGAUGAUUCAAUGAAUACUUCAUCUGGUACAACAGGUAAAGGUAAACAAAAAGUAUCAUCCUCUUCUUCCUCUUCUUCUUCCUCUCAAAUGAAUUAUGAUCAAGAUGAAAUUUAUCCAAGUUUUUCAAGCCUAAAGAAACCAAAAUCCAUCAUAUUUAAGUUUAUGGAUGUAUUUUUAGAUUAUAUCAAGGAGGCACCAAUGCAUUGGAAACAUUUUAGUUAUUACUUUUUGUUUAUCAAAGAUUUUUCAUUAUUGGGUGAAGAGGAAAGAAAAUAUUUAAUCAAUAGAAAUGUUAUUGGCCGUUUAAUUGAUCUCUUUUUGGGUGAUGAAUCACAACUCUCCAAAACCAUUCCACCACAUAAGAAACCAAAGAUGGGUGAUAAAUAUAGUAGUCCACAAUUCCUUAAUAUGAUUGAAACCAUCAAUAUCUUGGUUCAUAGUUGUCAUACUAGAUAUAGUAAGAUGGAGUUUGACAAGAAUGGUUCCUAUCAAACAAUGCCUGGUCAAUUCACUUUGAAUUUAGCUCCAAUGCCAGAAACCGAUAUGGAGUUAUUAUAUGAUCCAAUAUUUGUUGCCAAAGCAAUUAAGGAUACUCUAUUAAUCAAACCAAUCACAGAGAUAGUCUCUUAUAUUUGUUUCAAUGAUAUCGAUACUACCAAUACUAUCACUCAAUAUAUUGAAGGAUUCGAUCAAUCAAAGACAUCCUUAGAGGUUUUACUUCCAUUGAUUAAAUUAGAUGAUCAAUGUAGAGAAGAACGUGUUGACAUUGUAAUUCCACAAUAUAUCAAUAUCGUUGAGGAAAUCUUUAAAAAUCGUAAUAAUUUGUCAUUCUUAAAAACUUUGGUAGAAGCUGCUCAACAAUAUUAUUUCAUUUCAGAUUGGUUCAAGAAGAACUUUGAUCGUUGGGUUACAAGUUGGCUCAUUGGUAAUGAACAUUCAGAGGUUAGAAGUGAUGCUUUCACAUUACUCAUUCAUAUCAAUCAAUUGAAUCAAGAACAACCAGAUCAUAGUGCAAUCAUUGAAACCUUUUCAUUCCUUUCUAGUGUUGAUACCAUUAAAUAUGCCAAAAAGAUUUGUAAAAAAGAUAAAGAUCAUCGUGGUGUUUUCAAAUUUGAAUAUUAUUUCAAACUACUUAGAUUGUCUUUGGUCGUACCAGAAUGUAAACAAAUUUUCACACAAGUCGCUUCAUUAUUCUAUGGUUUUAUCACUGAUAUCAUCUUUCAACAAAAUGAAAUCGAUAGAAAUCGUCAAGAGCUUACUCACUUUUUGGUCGAUGUACUUCGUGAUCAACCUGAAAAUAUUGCUCUCUUACAAAAGGAUCAAUGUUCAACCAAACUCAUGGACUACUUUAUUAGUAUUUCAUCCAAAGAGGAUUUGAAACAAUUCAAUCAAAAAUCUUUACCAUCUUUCUAUGAACUCUUAUUCAUUUUAUCUUGUGAUAAACAAUCAUUCCUCGAAUAUGUCGUUGGUCAUUCCAAUUUCCAAUGGGCUUGCAAAUUUUUAUUAUGCGAAUGUGGUGAAUAUCAAGAUAUUGCCGUCUUCCUUUUCAAAUUAUUAGAGUUGGUAUCAAGAACACCAAAACAUGCUCAAUCUUUGAUUAGUCACUUUUUAGGUUUUCCAAACUUUUUCUUUUAUCCAGCUCAUUCAUUGAAAGUAAUGGAUAUUCUCACCUUUUCAAAGAAAGAAGCCAUUUGUUUUGUUAAUUCUCAAGGUAUCAAUGUAUUUAGUAAAUUCUUGGGUUCAAGUAAAGACUCUCAAGAGAAUGUACGUCAAUAUCCAAAAGCAAUCGAUAUCAUUUUUAAGGUUUUAUCAUUAAUUCACUCACCACAGUCACCACAAGAUUCUUCUUCUCCAAAAUCAACAAAUGUAAUCGUAAUCGAUGAAGAUAUCGCCUCCUCCUCUUCUUCCUCUUCAUCAAAUAUUCAAAAUCCAACCAAUGUAAAUGUAAAUGAAUUAACUCAAGAGGUAAAAACAUUAUCAUCUGUAUUAUACAAUUUAAUGGAUAGUGGUGAAAUAGUUUGUCAAAAAGCUCAAAAACUUUUAAAUUUUAUUGCAGUUGAAUCACCUGAUAUUACAAUUUUAACAUUUAGUGAUUUCAUUACAAAAUGGAUAAAUAAAAAGAAUUCAAUGAUAAAUAAUAAUAUUAAUUUAAUUAAUAAUAAUAAUAACAAUAAUAACAAUAUGAUGAAUUCAAUUAAUUUGGUUGAUAACGAUCCAAAACAACCAUCAAUACCACAAUUUUCACAUGGUAACCCAAGUCAACAAUAUCCAUCACCAUUUGCUCAACAACCACCACAACAACAACAACAACAUUCAAGAUUAAAUCAAAAUCAACAAUUAUUAAAUCAAUUUUCAUUUAGUGAAACAUUUUUCAAUUCAUUAAUUGAAAUUGUUUUAAUUUCAAUGCAAAGUGCAACCUCUCAAAACUCAAAUCCAUCAUUGGAAUCAAAAGCAUCAAUUUCCCUUGCAAAAUUAGUUAAAGAAGUUUUAAAUAUUAACAUGGAGAUGGGUUCACGUAUUCUUAGUCGUGUAAUUGAUAGUUUAAAGGUUGAAGAUAGAAAUUCAGUGAUCUCUCAUUGUAUUGAACAUGGUUUUAUUGGUACUUGUGAAACUUCUCCAACAACUCCAACCUCACUUAACUCAUUGUAUGAUUUAGUUAAAUCUUUCCUUCAAGACAAAGCAAAUGAAGAAACUGUUAAUAACUUUUGCACCGAUCUUGAAGAUAAAGUAACCACAUCCAUCGUUUCCAUUAAAUCAUUAGAGAAUUCCAAUGACAACCAAAUCGAUACUCAUUUAUUAUCCUUAAUAAAUGCACUCCAUCAAAUUCAAUUGUUUAAUAAUUGUUGUCCAACUGGUAAAUCUCAUAUAUCCCUCUCGAAUAUUAUCAACUCUUUAAAUGAAUUUGCAAACAAAGAGUGCUGUAACAUUCAAUCUGAAAAUGCCACAUUAUUUUUAACUUCUUUCAAACCAAUUAGACCAUCAAAUAAUUAA